UCUAAUUUUCUUUGCCUUGCCGGGUGGGUGCCAUCUAUGAGGCCGAUAGAAUACACCGCCCCAUUGCCCCUUGUCGUUAUCUACAUAUUCAUUAAUUGCCCCUGAGAAGAGAGUUCGGAGUGCAAGCAGCAAUGGUAACAGGAAAGGCUAUUGUAUUGUCAGUGUUGGUGACUUUGUCAGUUGUAGUAAGGACUGCAUCGCAGCUUCCCAUUCCUCCAAGAUACGAUGGAUUUGUGUAUAAGAAUAGAAUAUCCGCCGAUUCGGUACUUGUCGAGGCAUUCUUUGACCCACUCUGUCCAGACAGCAGGGAUUCAUGGUGGCCAUUGAAGGAAGCGCUUCGCUACUAUAAACACAAUAUAACAUUUAUCGUACACCCUUUUGCCUUACCGUAUCAUAAUAAUGCAUUCAUUGCAUCUCGUUCCUUGCACGUUGCCAAUAAAAUAAACACAUCCUAUACAUUUCCUUUGCUAGAACGUUUUUUCAGAUAUCAGCAAAAUUUCUAUAAUAAGCCAACACUUCAAACAUCACCAGCAACCAUCACACAACAAAUUAUCCAUUUUGCAUUAGAAAAAACUGGGAAUUCUUCAUUCGAAAAAUUUGUGUUGGGCUUUCAAGAUAAAUCAAGUGAUAUGACAACAAGAAUAUCAUUUAAGUAUGGCUGUUCCAGGGCGGUGACAGGUACACCUUACUUCUUUGUCAAUGGCAUCCCGCUAAAUAUUGAAGAGACGUUAGAUUUUGCCAAAUGGAAGAGCAUUAUCGAUCCAUUGCUGGCUGAACAAGCUCAAGCUUACACUUAAAAGACAUAGUAGAAUAGAUGUUUUUUUUUCCAUCUUUAAUACUGUUAUUGGCAAGUACACUAUUAUAAUCAGAUUGCUUAAUUAAUUAUUAUUAAAUAUAUCUUAAUAUUUUUAUGUAAAAUAAAUAUUUAUAUUUUGUAAAGUCUAAAUCAGUGAUAUGCAAUGUCAUAUCAAUUAAUUACUUUAAUAUGAAUAUUUAUACAGCCUAAUAAUAUGGCCUAGAAAAGCAACAUAGUAAGAAUGAUAAGUUGUUUUAAAUAAAAAUUAUAUUUUUUA